CAUCUGAGACAUCAACAGCACCGCAGCUCUGAGAGUGAUGCUUAUUAUCCAGUGAAGCAUGAAGAGAGGGCGGCUCCUGUUUGUGCUCUGGUGCUCCAGCAUCCUCACAGGCGGCAUCAGAGCUAUUACUUGUUUCAGCGACUAUAUACACAAUAUCACCUGCGUCUUGGACAGUGAUAGUCCAAAAUUUAACAGCUACACCCUGAUGUUCAAUGGGUCAAGUGAAUUUGUUUCUUGUCCACUCGUGAUGAUGAAUCACAGUUAUCACUGUACCUGUAGAGUCAAGACGGAACUCAUUUCUUUUUUAGACAGAUAUAUCAUUUCACUUUGUAAUGAAUCUGAUUGCCAUGUUGAGAUGAAGGACUUUGACCCAAGGUGGAACAUACAGCUGACACAACCACCUGUGUUUGACAUACAACACACAAGACAGUCUGUCAACAUAACUUGGAAAACUGAAAUAUAUAGAGGAAAUUACCUUGAAGACGAGCUCAUCUACGAAUUCAAACUUCAAGACUCUCAAGGUUCUCAAGGCUAUGAAAAAAUUCUUUCCAGCCAAAAUGUCAAGUAUAUACUGUUUAAAGAAUCAGCUUUCAAACCAGAAACUGAGUAUUGUGCUACAGCCAGGUAUAUGCCUGACCCGCAAUUAGGCUAUGAGGGCAAAUGGAGCAAAUGGAGCAAACCAAUAUGUUGGAUCAACGAAGCAGGAGAAGAAGAGAGAAAUAUAUCAGUCAUUUUGGCCAAAUAUCUGAGCCCAGUGUGUCUGAUUAUUGUAGUCCUGUUGUUGGUUUUCUACAAUCCUACAGCAAGAAUGAAGAUAAAAACCAUCAUUCACACGCCAUCGCCCGCCCCUUUCUUUCAGCCUCUGUUUCAACAACAUGAAGGAAAUCUCCAGGAAUGGCUUUCACCUCGAGGUAAAUUUGCACUUAUGCACAAAGCUGAAGAGGACUUGAUAACCAGUGCUGUGACUGUUGUUCCAAAACCCAUCAUAAAGGAUCCAGAAGAAAACCAAGGUUUCAACAACCCUCCAGUGCCACACCUGGUGUUCCCUCAGAAUCUGACCUCCUAUGUUGGCUUACCUGUAAUGCAAGAGGUCUCCCCUCCUAUCAAUUUAGUCUGUGCAGACAACACACCUUACACUCAGCUACCAUGUCCUUUUUGGGGGUUUGAUCAUUCAGAAAAACAAGCCACCUCCCCUCCACCUGAACAUUUCUUGGAGAUCAGCAAAACUGAUUCCGGUUGCAGCUGUGAGGACCUGAGUCAAAGCCCAGAGUUCAGUUUACCGAGCAGUCCUGUUGAUGAGAGCCCAUUACCCCAUUUCUGCACUGAUUACUGCAUCCUAAACAAAACAGCCGAGGGCAUUGUUCCAGUUUUAAUUUCCAAACAAAGCAGUGGAAAAAUUCUUUCUGAUUCCCAGCAGGCCGAUGGGUGACAACUAGAAUAAGAUAUAGUCCUGUCAGGGUAUUCAGAAAAAGAUUAGCCUCCACAAAAGAUGGCUGAGCAUGAUGGAUUUAGAUUCAGCUGCAGAAGCAAAACCACGAUGCCCUCAAACACCUGUGAGCAUAUGCACGUUUCUUCAUCUAACAUCUGAAUGUAUCUAUUUUCUUAUAUUUUCUGGGCCAAAACAAACUAACAAAAAAGAAAAAAAAAAAAAAAAAAUCACAUCUUUUUUUUCUUUGGCUAACUCAUGUUGAGCUUAAAUCAUUUGCUGUAUAGAUUGAAAAAUGUUUAACAUUAGAAUUUAUUCACUUUACACACCAGUUUUGUGUAAGACUGUUCCAUACAUGAGUGAAAAUUGUUUGCAAUAUACUUUGAUUAUUCUUUUGAUAACUUUUAGAAAGAAAUAUUUCUAGCCAGAUGGAGUUUCCUGGAUGUUUAAUGACUUCAAAUAGGGUGUUUUUUUUUUUUGUUGUUGUUGUUUUUUUGUUUUUAGUUUUGUUUUUUGUUGUCGUUUGUUUUACAUUAUGGGUCUUCCUUUAAAAAGGAAGCUGCUGUUUUGCAUAUAUGAGAAUCAUGCAAACCAUAUAUGAGAACCAACUAAAAAAUUAUAUCUUUGUAUAUCCAACCUUUAUUAUUAAAGUUCUAGUAAACUUACUGUGUUUUUGGCAGUAUUCACUCAGAAAUUAUUUUUAUUUUACUUUAUUCGACUGUUUUUAAAGAGCCAUUACUACUGGUUAUAAAUCAGUGUAUUAAUGCUAUAUAUGUAUA